AUGGUCAAGCGAGCACAAAAAAUAUUUGUUUCACAAAUUGUUACAGGUAAUUUAUGGUUAUCUAUUAUCAUAGCUGUACCAACUGUCACUGUUCUUUAUUUACUCACGAAUAUAUCCUAUUUUACAGUAAUGACAAAAGCAGCCCUGUUAAGCUCAAAUGCGGUGGCGGUGACGUGGGGUGAAUCUGUGUUGGGACCAGUUGUUCGUGCUUUACCGAUACUUAUUUCUAUAAGCGCAUUAGGUUCUUUAAAUGGAGGUCUUUAUACAGGUGGCAGAUAUUCAAUGGUUGGCGCGAGAUAUGGGUAUUUACCAGAAGUGUUUUCAUGUAUUCAAAACGCCCGUAAAACUCCUUUACCUGGAAUUGUACUUGAAGUGAAGCAAAUCCAAAUAUUUUUUCAAACAUUUUUCGAUUUACGAUUUUCCGAUGUUAACAUUGAUUGA